AUGUUUAUCGUCAACUGGUUUUGGGAUGUUUUGUCAUCUUUAGGUCUUAUGAACAAGAAUGCAAAGAUUCUCUUCUUGGGUCUUGAUAACGCUGGUAAAACUACCUUGUUACACAUGCUGAAGAAUGAUCGUUUGGCUACCUUGCAGCCUACGCUUCAUCCUACCUCAGAAGAACUUUCUAUUGGUAAUGUCAAGUUCACCACCUAUGAUUUGGGUGGCCAUCAACAAGCUCGUAGAUUGUGGAGGGAUUAUUUCCCUGAAGUUGGAGGCAUUGUCUUUUUGGUUGAUUGCGCUGAUCACUCUCGUUUCCCGGAGGCCAAGGCCGAGUUGGAUGCUCUUUUGGCUAUUGAACAACUCUCCAAGGUCCCUUUCUUGAUUCUCGGUAACAAGAUUGAUGCACCUGGUGCUGUUAGUGAGGAGACUCUCAGACAAGAAUUAGGUUUAUUCCAAACAACUGGCAAGGGUAAGGUUGCUCUGACUGAUAUUCGUCCUAUCGAAGUUUUCAUGUGUUCUGUUGUCAUGAGACAAGGUUACGGCGAUGGUUUCCGCUGGAUCUCUCAAUAUGUCUAA